UGUCAGUUUUCUGAUUCAAUAAAGAUUGUGGAGACCUGGCCAGUGUUACAGUAAGGCAGGAUUGAAACAGUCAUGGUAUUAUCUUAAAACUAUUGUCAAGAUUAAAAGGAAGAUGAAUCUGUACCUAUCUCUAGGUUGGCCAACCUUUUCCUGUUUUCCAUGUAAAUCACGUCAUUGAAAAGGAAGAAGACAUCUUCUGCAUGGAAAAAUGACACUUUUAAGUACCAAGCCCAUUGCUUGGGCGUAUUCUAUGAUAACAUUAGGGAUUGAAAUGCUAAAUUCUUUCUUCAGCUUUUACUAUGUGAAGUUUUUUUUGCAUGUCUACAAGACUUCAGAAGUGGCCUUUUACCAAGCCCAGAUAAUUUUAAUGAUCUGGAACGCUCUUAAUGGCCUGACUGGGUAUUUUCACAGUAACUCGAAGGCCGACUGCUGUUCCAGUCGUCACAGUUGUGUUUUGUAUGGCACUGCUUUAUAUGCAAUGGCCUUCCUGCUUCCUUGGUUCCCUUGGAAAUACUAUGAUGAAGGUGACUGGCUCAGCGGACUUCACCUGGUGGUAUCAUUAUGUGCUUUCGACAGCAUGCUUACCUUUGUUCAGCAAGCCCAGUGUGCCCUAUUUGUUGAGAUUUUCACUGGACACGAAAGUCGGCUUCGGCUUAUUAACAUUAACCAAGUGGCUGUACUGGUGAGAUCCACCAGCAUCCUUUUCUGUGGCCUCGUCUCUGAUAACAUGGAAAUUUUGCUAAAUUUUCAGACCUUUGCGGUUGUCCUUGCCAUCCUUGCCGCUGCCAGCCUUUACGCUGGCAUGUACCACAUGCGGUGCUUUGAACCCAAAAGAAGCCCCAAGGAAAACCUUUUCUCGGAAAGUGAACUGGAUCCCCCCUGGACCUCUGUCGUCUCACAGAUGGGACAAGUCCUGACCCAGAAAAACUUUUGCCUCUUUCUGAUAAUGAAUUUCCUCCAAGUCUUUCAUUUAACCUUCUUCAGUAACUUCAUGAUGAUCUUCACAGAGGGUCUCAUUCCCAAGGAGGUUCUUCCUUCUGCCGUGAGGAGUGUCAUGUACGGGGCGGGCUUCAUCUGCCCGCAGGUAAGUGAUGCUUACUCUUGGAGCUCCCUGCAGGGAGGGAAGAUUUAAUGCUUACCUGCUAAGGAAAUAAAGAACCUGACUAUGUUGGGAGUUUGAAAAAAAUGACACCAUUUAUUAAGAGAGUCAAAGAUUCAGGGUCUCAGACAUUAU